GGGGCGGAGCCGGGCGCCAAGGGGCGUGCCAGUAGCUGCGCUGACGCUGGGAGGGAGUCCGGGGCCCGGUUCCGGGCGCCUCUGAGCGGGCUCUCGAGGCGUUCUCGCCUCGGUCUCUGGCCAGUGCACAGAUCAAAAGCAGCAUGGAUCUGCCUGUGGAUGAGUGGAAAUCAUACUUGCUUCAAAAGUGGGCUUCACUCCCGACGUCUGUUCAGGUCACAAUUUCUACAGCAGAGACCUUGAGGGAUAUCUUUCUUCACUCCUAUUCACUUCUUCAACCUGAGGAUGAGCUGUUUCUAAAAAGACUUUCUAAAGGUUACUUGGUGGGAAAGGACUCGGACGCUCCCCUUUUCUACAGAGAAGAAGGAAACAAAAAAUUUCAGGAGAAAGAUUACACAGGAGCUGCAGUGCUGUACUCUAAGGGAGUGUCACAUUCAAGGCCUAACACUGAGGACAUGUCACUGUGUUAUGCUAACCGCUCGGCAGCCCUCUUCCACCUGGGUCAGUAUGAGACAUGUCUUAAAGACAUUAACAGAGCACAGACGCAUGGGUAUCCAGAAAGGUUGCAACCCAAGAUCAUGUUACGUAAAGCAGAAUGUCUGGUGGCCCUGGGGAGACUACAGGAGGCAAGCCAGACCAUCAGUGAUCUUCAAAGGAACUUCACAGCCACAGCAGCCCUAGCCGAUGUCCGCCCUCAGACUCUGCAGAGAAACCUCCAUCAUCUGAAAAUGAAGGUACAAGAAAAGGACAAUCUCACAGAAACCUUCCCAGCAGCUCUGGCCAAAACCCUUGAGGAUGCGGCACUAAGGGAAGAGAAUGAACAACUUUCCAGUGCCUCAUCAUCCAUCGGCUUAUGCGUAGAUCCUUUAAAAGGUCGCUAUCUCGUUGCCACAAAAGAUAUUCUCCCAGGAGAGCUGCUGGUGAAGGAGGAUGCUUUUGUGAGUGUUCUCAACCCAGAAGAACUGCCACCACCGCCUCACGGCCUAGACAGCAAAUGGGACACCAGAGUCACCAACGGGGACCUCUAUUGUCACCGAUGUUUGAAGCACACUUUGGCCACAGUUCCGUGUGACAGAUGCAGUUAUGCCAAGUAUUGCAGCCAGGAGUGUUUGCAGCAGGCCUGGGAGCUCUACCACAGGACAGAAUGUCCCCUGGGGGGACUGCUUCUCACACUGGGUGUCUUUUGCCACAUUGCCCUGAGGUUGACUCUUUUGGUGGGAUUUGAGGAUGUUCGCAAAAUCAUAACGAAGCUUUGUGAUAAGAUUAGUAACAAGGACAUCUGUUUACCCGAAAGCAACAAUCAGGUCAAGACACUUAACUAUGGCCUAGGGGAGAGUGAGAAAAACGGCAACAUCGUUGAGACCCCAAUUCCUGGAUGCGAUAUUAAUGGGAAAUAUGAAAAUAAUUAUAAUGCUGUCUUCAACCUUUUGCCCCACACUGAAAACCAUAGCCCAGAGCACAAAUUCCUCUGUGCUCUCUGUGUUUCUGCACUGUGCAGACAGCUACAAGCAGCCAGUUUACAGGCCAUCCCAACUGAGAGGAGUGUGAACUCCUCUCAGCUUAAAGCAGCAGUGACACCUGAGCUGUGUCCUGAUGUGACUAUUUGGGGAGUGGCAAUGCUGAGACAUAUGUUACAGCUGCAGUGCAAUGCUCAGGCGAUGACCACCAUACAACACACAGGAUCUAAAGGGAGCAUCGUUACCGACAGCAGGCAGGUGCGCCUUGCCACAGGCAUCUUCCCUGUUAUCAGCCUCCUGAACCACUCCUGUAGUCCCAACACCAGCGUGUCCUUCAUUAGCACUGUCGCCACCAUCCGGGCGUCACAGCGGAUUAGAAAGGGGCAAGAGAUUCUCCACUGCUAUGGUGAGCCAUCCCUCCACACUGCCGUCCUGCCCUUCUCCGACAGAAAAGGACGGGGGGACACGACCAGCAAGCCACCAGGGCCUCACAAGAGCCGGAUGGGGGUUGCCGAAAGGCAGCAGAAGCUGAGGUCUCAGUAUUUCUUUGACUGCACCUGUCCAGCUUGUCAAACUGAGGCACACAGGAUGGCUGCAGGGCCCAGGUGGGAAGCAUUCUGUUGCAACGGUUGCGGAGCGCCCGUGCAGGGAGAUGACGUGCUGCGCUGUGGCAGCAGAUCUUGUGCAGAAUCCGCCGUCAGCAGGGACCAGCUGGUCUCUCGGUUACAGGACCUUCAGCAGCAGGUCGGAGUGGCCCAGAAGCUUCUCAGAGAUGGUGAACUAGAGCGAGCCGUUCAGCGGCUGUCGGGGUGCCAGCGUGAUGCCGAGAGCUUCCUGUGGGCAGAACAUGCCGUGGUGGGAGAGAUCGCGGAUGGCCUGGCCCGGGCCUGUGCUGCCUUAGGAGACUGGCAAAAGUCAGCCACCCAUCUACAGAGGAGUCUCCGCGUGGUGGAGGUUCGCCACGGGCCGUCCAGUGUUGAAAUGGGCCAUGAGCUCUUCAAACUGGCCCAGAUCUUUUUCAAUGGGUUUGCAGUACCCGAAGCCCUGAGCACCAUACGGAAAGCUGAAGAGGUUCUGUCGCUGCACUGUGGCCCGUGGGAUGAUGAAAUCCAGGAGCUCCAGAAGAUGAAAUCCUGUUUGUUGGACCUACCCCCCACCCCUGUAGGGCCUGCAGUGUAGGGUCCCAGGAGGAUUUUGACCCACAGGAAAGGAGCCCAUGGAACACAAGUUAAAGAGGUUUUGCUGGCCAGGCGCGGUGGCUCACGCCUGUAAUCCCAGCACUUUGGGAGGCCAAGGCAGGCGGAUCACCUGAUGUCAGGAGUUCGAGACCAGCCUGGCCAACAUGGUGAAACCCCAUCUUUACUAAAAAUAGAAAAACCUAGCUGGGUGUGGUGGCGGAUGCCCAUAGUCCCAGCUACUUGGAGAGGCUGAGGUAGGAGAAUGGUGUGAACCUGGGAGGCGGAGCUUGCAGUGAGCUGAGAUUGUGCCACUGCACUCCAGCCUGGGUGACAGAGCCAGACUCCGACUCAAAGAAAAAAACUAUAUAUAUAUUAAGA